AAAACUAGUUAGAUUGAUGUGGAGGGGAGAUUCAUUUGGGAAGGGAUUCUGGCUGCCCUGGGAGCUGCUGCAUGUCAGGCUCACUCUCAGGGCUCUGGUGACUUGUAGAUAGCAGGAUUGUUCUGGUGGUUCUCUUCUAUAACGGUCAAAAUGGUGAUCAAAGUCUUUGUAGCCACAUCCUCUGGGUCUACAGCGAUUAAGAAGAAACAGCAAGAAGUAGUGGGCUUCUUAGAGGCCAACAAGAUUGACUUUAAGCAAAUGGACAUAGCUGGUGAUGAGGACAACAGGAAAUGGAUGAGAGAGAAUGUCCCAGGAGAAAAGAAGCCACAAAAUGGAAUCCCCCUCCCUCCACAGAUCUUCAAUGAGGAGCAGUACUGUGGGGACUUCGAAUCCUUCUUCUCUGCCAAGGAAGAAAACAUUAUUUAUUCAUUCCUGGGUCUGGCACCUCCUCCAGGUUCAAAGGAGGUGAAAACUGCUGAAGAGACAUCAAACCUUCCAAACGGUGACAUUUCGGGUGAAGAGCACAAAGUUGUGGAAGAGACUGAAAAGUCUGAAGUAACUGAAGAAAAUGAGGCACACACAGAAGACAAUGUAGAUGCAGUCGCUAAUUCUAUUGAACUGCCAUCAGAAGAGCAACAGGAAAAGGAGGAAGAACACCCAGUGACAGAGGAAGCACAAGUCCGUGCAGCACCAGAGAAAAUAAAACCACCUCUUCCCACCAAACAACCCACCAUUGCGUUUCGCACCAACACAUGUAUAGACAUCUGUAUAUCCCCAAAACACAAGACACCGCUCUGCCCUAUAUUAUAUAUAUAUUUGGUAUUCUGGUCUUUUGUUAAAGUGGGUCAUCUUAAUUCUGUCUGACAAGAUCUCAGACUUAGCUUUAUAUGUUCUAACAGUACUGUCUAUGUCUAAUUUUAGAUUGUAAGCUCCUUGGGGCAGGGACUGUGUCUUCCUCCAUGUUUGUACUCUGCCAAGCACACUAUCGGCACUCAAUAAAUAACCACAGUUGUGCAUCGAAACUGUAUUAGGAGGUAAAGAACUUCAGCACUGAAAACUCCAAAGAAGAUCCCUGUGUACAAGCUUUGUGUUGCUUAUCUCUGAACUGGCCUUUAAAAUGAAUGUGUUUCCAUUG